CUUUAUAAAUAGAACAGGUUGAUUGAAAAUGCCUCCAAAGAAAAAGAAACAAACACUCAGAUGUAGCAUAUGUAAUAUCCUUGGACAUACCACAGCAGAGUGCGAUGACACUUCAUACCCUGUCGUGGGAAGCCCAGAGUCCACACUUGCAACGUUGUCAACUGCACAUAUCCCUGAGGCGAAGACUUCUAACGAGAUGACGGCAACUGUCCCUGAUAUUAACUCAGCCAUUACAAUGAAGAGGCUCUGCUCAGAAGAGUGCAGUCCUGUUGAGGAUGUAGCAGACCCUGAGACUGCAACUUCUCAGUCAACAACUGCUGAGGUGUUUGAGGGCCCCCUGCAGAAAAGAAUUAAAAGAGAGCCUCCAAAUUCUGCAUAUGUUGAUGCUCCAGUGCCGGCAACACUUUCAAUGGAAGACUGCACGACUGAGCACAGCUCGAUGCCCCACAGCCCAGCAGAUCCUUAUGCUGCCUGUCCGUCCUACGGAGAAGUUGACGUGGCAUCGUCCCAUGCUGAUACGAGUCUAUCCUUGACUAGUGUUGACCUGCUGUUGGGCUACCCUGAGACGAAACACGAGAUUGAGGCUACAGUAUCAGCGGAGACAAGUACGCUGCUGGCACAUAAUGUCACUCCCGCCUCCUCUUGUGGCCAAGCCGAAAUCCUCGCUCAUGAUCAAGAUAUUUUGAGUGACACGACCGAAUCCUCAAGCGAAGACACCGACGAAAAAACUUUGUCAGCGCUUAUUGAUCAAUUAACGGCGAAUAUUGAUCCUCCCAACGAGUGUGCGUGCUGCCAUCGAUGUGACACAGCUGAAUAUCCCCUGAAAUUGAAGAUAUUUAGUGCGAUACGAGGAGACUCGCAAUCUUAUGGUGAUCUACAUUUGCCUCAUACACCAUUUGUCUGCAAUGAAUGCACCGUGUAUUUAGAAUUGCACGAGGAGAAUUCACAAUGGGCCCAUGCAUGGCCAGCUGUCAUCUACACAUUUCUAACAAGCGACACAUUCUCUUGUGAUCCAAAAAAGUUUAUGGAAAUGUUACCACAGACCAUCAGGAACAGUUAUGUGUCAUUAGUGCCAACAUUGAGCGAAAAAAUUUCCGCAGUCUUGAAUUUGCCGUCGAAAUUCGUUGAUGGAACGCAUGACUUGAUUAAUUUCAAGUCGCAUUUAUUCGACCAUGCGGGUAUAUUGGCAUCCAAGUUGAAUGCAACUUGCUUCCCUUCCGUCAAGUGCCCCAUGGGUUGCAACACUUACCUUGAUGGAGAGGUUGGCAAAGAUGUGGAUUAUUUGCCCCUCUCACAUUAUUUGUCCUUCAUUUGUCCAGAGUUUACUUCCUUCCAAGCUGACCCUAAUUGCUUCAGAGGAGCUCGUCCUGACUGGCCCAGUCGAGGCGAAUACGAAGGUUUUAAAUUUGCUCCUACUCUUAUAGUUGAUGCAGAGAAAGGACUAUGUGUCGUUACUUGCGCGCAAACUAUCCACGCCGAUGGCCGUAGCCUUUACAUCCACGUACCCCGCAAUCCGGUCCUGGGUAGUACAUCCGAACUUUGCCCCGAUCUCAUCGCUCCCGUGUCUGUAAAUCCACAUUUAGUUAGGCCUGGUCGUUCGGACAAGAUGAACAGCAGUCAUGCUGUGUUUCGCGAGUACGGCGAUACCAGCGGCACUUCUUGCUUUAGCCUGACUCCAAAACCGUACCUUGACGGACCGUGCUCUGUGCCACAAAUAGAAAGUAUGGGCUUAGCUCUCAACCAACGCGAAGAAAUUUUACACACCCUUGUUAAGGCAAAAACCCUGCCGAAUGAAUUUUUCCAUAAACUUGAAGAGUCUUAUGAAAAACAUCGAUUGGACGACGAGGUUGUGGAAGAAGCAAAAGCAACAGGGACCUACGUAAACUUCCACGACGCCUCCCUAAUGAUGAUGCAGUACCACAAAAAAUUAAUGAGCAAUUCUCGCAAGAAACCUCAAAGGGAUUUGAGGCCGAUAGGGAAGGAUGUUUUGAAACUCGUUCAUCCCGGCAAUAAAAUAGGUCGGUUGCCGUUCAAGCUUGCGCUCCUUGGUAAACCAAGGAGCCACAAUGGCCUAUUGCUUCAUAAUAUCUUGACAUUACUGCUUCAUAGUACACACCUUUAUCAAAUGUUUUUAACUAAGUUGGAGAUUGAACGUCCGGGUUCUAUACAUCAUCUAGUUCAAUCAUGCGUACUUAAAAUUGCGUCUGGUAUCAAAUUAAGUGAAGCCUUGAAAAUUGAAAAAGAAAUUUUGCGGAUGUCUUAUGACAAAGUUUUUUGUGGUAAUAACUGUCAAGCUAUUCUUGCUCUUCUCUGCGGCGUGAAAACUGUCUCCAUUCAUUGCAGUUUUCAAGGUCUCGAAAGUAUUGCGGACGGUUCGGAAGAUGUUCUCUUGGUAGACAGUUCAGCAGUGCGCUCCAGAGAAGCCCCUCAGACACUGUGCAAUGGGCGCUGGCAAUUAAUGCUGUCUCUUGCAUACCGCAUAGUCGGAAGAAAGAAAUCCCACUUUGAAUUUGAUUUCCGUUGGAGUCCUGAAUUGAAGUGGCACCACUGUUCCUCAGAUACAACUACUCUUUCGCAGGUCGGCGACAAUCCACGGCCAUUUUCAUGGAAUAUUCUCUUGUACAUUGAGACCGAUUCAGUUCUGUGCAUAUCUAAAUACGAUUUUCUACAAUUUUAUGGAGCGCAAACCACGUUAAAAUGCUCUAAACACAGAGCGCUAUCUAUGAUAAGCGUACUACCAGACUCGUCUGUAAAAUGUUGUCUUCCCCGUUGUCCAUCUUCAGCUCGUUAUCGUUGUAGCAAAGGCUACGGCCAGAAGUGGAUGCCAUGCGCAGCAGGAGUGUGCUUGGAGCAUGCGCGGCUCAUUCUGAUGAGCGGAGAAAGGAAAACUUUCAUCGAUCCUCCGUUAGAUGACAUUACUUUGCCUGAGCUGACGCAUCACGACGACGUGGAUUCUAUGCAUGAUGCUACAAUGGCUACCCUAGACGACCUGCAGCCUCUAUUUCCUGAUGAAAUGAGUAAUGUUGCUGAAGCGCACUCGCAGCCUCUCGACGCUCUUUCUGGGCAACUUCCCGUUGCGACUGAAGGCGUAAAUCUUUCGUAUUCGAGGGGCGCGAACUCUACUCCUGGUCAUUUCCUCCUCAAUACGUGUUUGCACAUGUCGAGAGUAGAAAUAAAUGAGCAGUCAUCUGCUUCUUUUCAGAACGUAUUGACGCGCGUUAAUGACAUAUCGCCUAAAGAGUCACGACUGUUUUUGUAUCCAGAAGGGCUGUUAUUCCCGACAAUCUUCUGGGCGGCCGUUGGUCGGAGUGUCAUCGGUGCUCUGCCUUCUGUAUUUUAUUCCCCUUUAGGUCGAAAGUCUGUUAAUGGCGAAUUUGCAUCUCUCGAUGACCAUCUUCGAGUGAGGUUAUUGGACAUGUCUCUGCUCACUGCUCACGAUCCUAAUUACUUGGCCUUCUGCUUCGACAUUUACCUUAACAGUUUACUCCGGAGCAACAAAGUUUUAGUCGCUCUGCACCAAGGUUUGGAGCACGUGAACCGCGCAAGCGUUAUGAUUGAAGCUAGUGGUAGUUCAUUGAAGUCUAAUGAAACGGAUGAUAGAAUAGAGGUCAAACGCUUGUCCGCUAUCGUAGAUGAGAAUCCAUGGGACUUUUUCCUAACCUUGACUUGCAACGACUCAGAAACCAUGGGCGUAGCACCAAUCAGGAGAGCACUAGAGCAGAAGUAUCACGGUAAAGAACUCGACAAGCAACUGCAGAAUGCGUGCCCCCUUCUCUGUCGAGCUUGGGCCCGUACCGUGCAUUACCUCUUCGAAUUUCUCGUGCACGGCAAAGAGAAGAUCUUCGGCGAGCUGAAAAACGUGUGGUAUAGGUUCGAGUUUCAGAACGCUGAAGGUCUGGGGAACAAGCCAUGCGUUCACGCUGGGAUCACUCUGAAAGACCGCUCUUGCAGUGUUGAAGAACGCAUGAAGAGAACUCACGACAACCUCGAUGAAAUGUUCAAUAAAAAUGCAAGGACUGAUAUGAUAAGCCUCUUAAGCGAUGGCCUAGUGAAAGAUCAAGCUGACUUCGUUAAACUCUUUAAUCUCGCAGACCGGUUUACUCAAAGUAAGUGCGCAAAUUCUAAACUGAGUUUCAUGAAAAAGAUGCCUAACGGUGGAAACGAGAGGUAUUGUGUUCCAAAAUAUGAUAAUGAGACCCAGAAACACCUAUCACAACUUGGGUUUGGAACAAAAAAGUACCCACCCGAACCCAACUCAAUGCACAAGCCUUGUAAGGAUGAGGUCAAGAAAACAACAGUGGUUGAAAGCUGCUACUCGUACGACGCUGUGUCUCGCGUGUAUCGAGUGCCCUCGCAUGGACGCAUUUUCGCUAUGUUGCGUUCCACGGUCAAAGUUCAAAUUUGCGACCACGAGUUCGCGAGAAACUCUUUCGCUGAAUAUGCAGCGCGCGCCGACGAGAAGCGUAAAGUUAUCAUGACAUUUUGCAAGAAAACUACUGCAGACGUCGAUCAGCCUCGCGAUCUCUGCCACACCAAGAUCUCUGUAUCUAAAAAAGAGCAAGGUGAUGAAAUGCGAGAAGAUGCGACAAAAAGAGCUCUGUGUCGGACAAUCACCGCCACAGAGAUGGUCUGGUUUACGCAUCAGCUCCCUUUCGUUGGAUGCACUGCACAUUUUGUGAAUUGUUUCACUCACAACUUCGAACGCAGGCAGGCGAUGUAUCGUAAACAAGCCGAGCACAUCCGUGACUGGAUGAAUGCUGAAAGCAUUUAUUUCCCUCUGGGGAAAACGGAUGAACGCGCCUGCUUCCCUCGGUGGCGACGUUUCACACGUUCUCAAACUUUUUUGAUGAACUCUUUUCCGAACUUCGAUGAGAACACGUUCUUGUUCAGCGUUCGACCUCCCGAGUUGCGUGAGAUUAUGAGACUCACUGAUUAUCUCAAGUGGUUCAGUGUCACUCUUACAACAACUAUCGCGGUUGCUGAAGAUGUGAGCGAGUUUCCUUGGAUCGACGCCAAAGGCAGGAGAGUUCGAGUAAGAAAAAGAUAUGUGAACGAAGUGCUUCGUUUCUUUGAGAGCCUCGCAAACCGUGCUCACCCCAGCCCUGGAACUCGGGAACUGUAUUUACUUUUUAAAGAUCUCGAUCGCGACGUUGUUGAAGGACGUAACUCCGAAUGUGUGCAUCGUUUCGUCGAUAUGGCCGCUGACAGGGAUGUGGUCAUUGUUUAUAACUGUAUCGAGCCAAAAUCCACUUCCAAUUUCUUCUUUCACCUCCUUCUCACAUUAGGUUCUUUUGUUACGGAACUUGACCUAUUACGAGGUCCAACUUUACUGCACGCCUUCCAGUAUGCAGGUCUCAUUGCUGACGCCGACAAUCCUACUGAAGAAGAGGCUCUGUCCAUCAUCAGACAAUACGUAAUCACUCAGCUGCGGUGUUUGCCUUACGAUGUGGAAGAAUUUUCACGGAUCUUGCGUUUGGCAAUGGAUAGACUACUGGAUUUCUUUGAGACGAGAGGGCGCAAGGUGCAUAAUGCCGUCCUGUAGGACGAGCCAAAGAAAUGUAAGUGUCUUUACGAUCACCAAUGUUCUAGGACCCAGGAACAAAGAUGGUCAGUCAGGCACCAGUUGCUUCUUCAGCGAAAAGUUAGAAAAGCCUAAAAUUUUAUAAGCGACCCAAGCUUCAGUACAGUUAUGUGAACCAUUAUUGCUUCUCAACUGUAAUAUUGUUGAUUUAGAAGCAAAACAACAGUUUCUUUCCCAGGUCUCCCAAAUACCAAUAAUUUGGUUGGUAAUGAGAUUACUAAAGACUAAAUUUCGAGAGCCAAAAAAUACCAUCAACAAGAUGUUAAUAAUGACUAAUAUAGCACAUGUGGAUACAUUUGAAAUUUAAUGCCUAACAUGUAUGAACCUAAAUAUCCAAUAAAC